UGAAGAGAUUUGCUGGAUGUGAAAAAUAACUUUCCCAAACCACCUUGGUGUUGUGCUGUGUUUGUUGGGACGAUGUUUGGGAGACUGAGUCUUCCGCAGCUGCUUUUUGCUGGCAUAGUGGGAAUUCCUGGAGGAAUAUAUAUUUAUCAACCAAUAUUUGAACAAUAUUCCAAAGAUCAAACGAUGUUAAAAAAGAAGGUGGAAUUAACAGAAGAAUCAAAAGAGAAGAGAAGUUAAUGCUAC